ACAGCCUAAAAUGACUGUGUGAAUUCAGUGGAAUAAAUGGCGUCCAAAGUAACUGAUGCUAUAGUUUGGUACCAGAAGAAGAUUGGUGCAUAUGAUCAACAAAUAUGGGAAAAAUCAGUAGAGCAAAGAGAAAUAAAGGGUUUGAGAAACAAACCAAAGAAAACAGGACAUGUGAAACCAGACCUCAUAGAUGUUGAUCUUGUAAGAGGAUCUGCUUUUGCUAAAGCAAAACCUGAAAGUCCUUGGACAUCUCUGACCCGCAAAGGAAUCGUGAGAGUUGUUUUCUUUCCGUUCUUCUACAGGUGGUGGCUACAGGUGACAUCGAGGGUCAUCUUUUUCUGGCUGCUUGUUCUUUACCUUCUUCAAGUUGCUGCUGUAGUGUUAUUCUGUACAGCCCAAAGCCCACAUAAUAUACCUCUGACUGAAGUAAUUGGGCCAAUAUGGCUCAUGUUGCUACUUGGAACUGUGCAUUGUCAGAUUGUUUCAACACGAACUCCUAAGCCACCUCCCAGCACAGGGGGUAAAAGAAGAAGGAAAUUAAGGAAAGCAGCACAUUUGGAAGUACAUAGGGAAGGAGAUGGCUCUAGUACCACAGAUAACACACAGGAGGGAACAGUGCAGAGCUACGGUACAAGCACCUCUUGCAGUAUUGGCGCUGUCUUCAGAGAUAUCUGGCAUGCUGCUUUCUUUUUAUCAGGAUCUAAGAAAGCAAAAAACUCAAUAGAUAAAUCCACUGAGACCGAUAAUGGCUACGUGUCCCUUGAUGGGAAAAAGACAGGUAAAAGCAGCGAAGAAUGUAUGCAGGCCCACGAACGUCGAUGUGAAGUGAUUAAGCCAGAAGAGUCAGGGUGGAGCACGGCAACAGUGAGAGACGCCUUCAGCAAUCACAGCCAUCACAAAGAUACUCACAAGACUGUGACAAAUUUAUCAGAUGAAGUUUCUAGUGAGGAAGGGCCUGAAACUGGAUAUUCUCUACGUCGCAAUGUAGAACGUACUUCCAGUGAUUGUACACUUCGAAACAGGAAGUCUCACCAUUAUAAGAAACACUAUCCUCUAGAGGAUACACCCAAAUCGGGUACUAGCUGCAGUUCUCGGUGCUCAAGCUCCAGACAAGAUUCUGAGAGUGCAAGGCCAGAAUCGGAAACUGAAGAUGUGCUGUGGGAGGACCUCUUACACUGUGCAGAGUGCCAUUCUUCCUGUACCAGUGAGACGGAUGUAGAAAGCCCUCAAGUGAAUCCAUGUGUGAAGAAAGAAUACAGAGAUGACCCAUUUCAUCAGAGUCAUUUGCCUUGGAUCCACAGUUUGAAUCCAGGACUAGAAAAAAUAAGUGCAAUUGUAUGGGAGGGUAAUGACUGCAAGAAAGCAGAUAUGUCUGUGCUCGAAAUCAGUGGCAUGAUAAUGAACAGAGUGAACAGCUAUAUACCAGGAAUUGGUUAUCAGAUUUUUGGAAACGUCAUAUCUUUAAUACUGGGUUUAAUGCCAUUUGUCUUUCGACUUUCCCAAGCUAAAGAUUUGGAGCAAUUAGCUGCACAUUCUGCCACUGAAGUUUGUAUGACUGCAUUUGGAUCAAAUGGAGACAUUCUGGUUUUCUCAAUGGUGGUUAUAAGUUUUGUGGUCCGUGUGUCUCUAGUGUGGAUUUUCUUUUUUCUGCUAUGUGUAGCAGAGAGGACAUAUAAACAGAGGCUACUUUUUGCCAAACUUUUUGGUCAUCUAACAUCUGCCAGGAGAGCAAGAAAAUCGGAGGUUCCUCACUUCCGCUUGAAGAAAGUACAGAAUAUAAAAAUGUGGCUUUCUCUCAGGUCCUAUCUAAAGCGUCGAGGUCCUCAGCGCUCAGUCGAUGUAAUAGUUUCAUCUGCCUUCCUACUGACUAUCUCAGUUGUGUUUAUCUGUUGUGCACAGCUGCUUCACAUGCAUGAGAUCUUCCUUGAUUGUCACUACAACUGGGAACUCGUAAUUUGGUGCAUUUCACUAUCUCUUUUUCUCUUAAGAUUUGUUACUCUUGGAUCUGAAACCAGUAAAAAGUACAGCAAUACCUCAAUAUUACUUACUGAGCAGAUAAACUUGUACUUGAAAAUGGAGAAAAAGCCUAAUAAGAAGGAGGAACUGACACUAGUGAACAAUGUCUUAAAACUUGCUACUAAGUUAUUGAAGGAACUGGACAGUCCCUUUAGGUUAUAUGGGCUUACAAUGAAUCCACUGCUUUAUAAUAUCACCCAAGUUGUCAUCCUGUCAGCUGUUUCUGGUGUCAUCAGUGACUUGCUUGGAUUUAAUCUAAAGCUCUGGAAGAUCAAAUCUUGACGAUUUAUAAAGAAGAUGAGAUAACACAGUGUUACAGAAAAGCUCACUGAUUGACAAAACUGCCUCAAAGCAGCCACUGAAUCUGUAUUUCAGAUGCUACCACCUCUUCAAAGAUGUCGUUUGGAAAAUUGAAGUGUUUACAUCUGACUGUCUUGUGCAAUCUUUGUAUUUAUUUCAUCUUCUCACUGUUUUAUUUCAUUUUAGUUGACAUUUGUAUUUUAUUUUCAAACUUAUUUGCUUAGUUUUGGAAAGGGUCAGAUUUGGGAAGGGUCAAAAACUGUUUAUCUGAGAGCUUGAAAUCCUGGAAAUUGAUUACACUAAAUUACUGUAUCUGUUGCUAAAGCUGAAGCCAAUGCUGAACAUUUUUAGUUACAGUAACACUAUAUGGAAGUAAUUUGAUUUUUGAUAGUGUGGUAAAAUUGCUUAGAAUAUUUCAUUUGCACCAAUAACUUAUGAGGACAACAAAACACCAACAGAUGUUUGGUUGCGAUAGAAAAGUGAGACAUACACAAAAAAUAAAGUACUGACAAUACAGUAUGAGAGGUAGCAGAAAUAUUUUAUAUUACCAUUAGAAGCAAGUGGGAAUUUUUAAUAUUUUGAGUAAUUCCAGGAUCUAAACUCAUGUAGGCUGCAGUUUAAAUAUCCUGGGAUAUUAGUAAGGUAUUAUUAUAACAAGUCAACAAGUGCUCUUUGAUAACACUUUUAUUAGAGCAAUAAUUGUAAAUGGUUACCAUGCUGUAUGAUAUUUUGAUAAAAUUAAAUAUUGUAUUUAUUUGAAAUACUGGGCUGUUCUGCGCAGCUCUGACUGUGCAUGCUCAAUAUGUGCACUUUUUAUUGUUACUUUUAAUGAGAAACUUUAUAUAUAUACACAUAUAAAUGUAUAUUAAUUGGAAUAUAUUAUGGUGAACUUACGGAGCAGUAUAUAUUAUAUGUUGAAGUUGAAUAUUUAAACAAGCGAAAGAUUUACAGGUGCAAGGAAUGCUAUGAAUGACUGAGCAUAAGAUAGGUAGAUGCUCUCCUCUUGUACACUAUAGUAUAUGCCAUUUGUACCACAUUGAAGUUUAAGAACAGUUGAACACAGAAAACAAGUUCCUCUGGCGAGCAGCAGAACUCACAAAGCCUGGUGCUCGACAGACUUGUGUCUUCAGAUAUCCUCUUUUCCUCCCAUUCCUCCCCAGCAGGGGUCAUUCCCCAGCGCUUUACGGAUGGGCUUUCCCAGCCCUGGGUUUCCCACCUCUCCCUCUGCCUUCUAUCCCUGCCUCCCACGUGGACCAGUCAUAUUGACUUGUGGUUCUUCAACGUGACAAAAAUAGGUCACCUCCCGUGUAGAAUUAAGUUACUUGGAACAAACUUUCCAUCUACAAAUUAUUUUGGGAGGAUUAAUAUCACCAGGCGCAAGUAUUCUUACGUUUUAUGUUUCUAAAAUAGUGGCUUCAUCCUGAGAAAUGACAAGUAAUUAGGUGACAAGAGU